AUGUCCAUCCCUAAGACCCAGACCGCAGCCAUCUUCCACACCCCGGGAAAGGACCUCCACCUCGACACCAUCGCCGUGCCCACCCCCCAGCCCAACGAGCUCCUCGUCAAGCUCAAGUACUCGGGCGUGUGCCACACCGACUUGCACGUCUACCACAACGACUUCCCCAUCGAGUUGAAGCUUGAGCCGUGCCUCGUGGGUGGCCAUGAAGGCGUGGGCGAAGUUGUCGCCAUGGGCUCGGCUGUCACUGGAUGGGAGCUCGGCGACUUGGCGGGCAUCAAGUGGCUCUACUCGCUGUGCCAGCGGUGUGAGUGCUGCAUCAAGGGCGACGAGCUGCUGUGCCCUCACGCCGUGUUGUCUGGUGCUACUCACGACGGGCUGUUCCAACAAUACGCCACCGCUGAUUUCAUCCAGGCGGCACGUAUCCCUAAGGGGACGGACGAAGCGGCAGUGGCGCCGAUCUUGUGUGCUGGUGUUACGGUGUACAAGGCGUUGAAGACGGCCAAUUUGGUCCCCGGGAACUGGGUGGCGAUCUCGGGCGCUGGCGGUGGUCUUGGUUCCCUUGCCGUACAAUACGCUAAGGCAAUGGGGUUACGGCCUUUGGCUAUCGAUGGUGGCGACGCUAAGGGCGCAUUGGUGAAGAAGUUGGGCGCCGAAGUGUACCUUGACUUUACCAAGGAAAAAGACAUGGUCCAGGCGGUGAUUGAUGCUACUGGUGGUGGGGCUCAUGGCGCCAUUAACGUGCUGAUUUCUCCACAGGCGAUGAACCAGCUGGUGGAGUACUUGCGCUCCAACGGUACCCUGGUGCUUGUGGGUUUACCUAAAGGCGCCGAAGUGACGGUGCCGGUGUUUAGCGCCGUCGCCCGCUCCGUUAGUGUUCGUGGCUCUUACGUUGGUAACCGCCAGGACACCGCGGAAGCCAUUGAUUUUUUCGCGCGCGGGUUGAUCACGUGCCCCAUCGAGGUGGUGCCAUUGGGCCAGUUAUCGCAUGUGUAUGACCGGUUGGCCAAGGGCGAUGUCGUCGGCAGAGUCGUCGUUGACCUCGAAAAAGUUGAGUAA